CCCCCGGCCAUGACGGUGUACGCGCUGGUGGUGGUCUCGUACUUCCUCAUCACCGGAGGGAUUAUCUACGACGUGAUUGUGGAACCUCCCAGCGUGGGGUCGAUGACAGACGAGCAUGGGCACCAGAGGCCGGUGGCCUUCCUGGCGUACAGAGUAAAUGGGCAAUAUAUAAUGGAAGGGCUUGCAUCCAGCUUCCUCUUCACAAUGGGUGGCCUUGGAUUCAUAAUUCUGGAUCGAUCCAAUGCACCAAAUAUCCCCAAGCUGAAUAGGUUUCUUUUGCUCUUUAUUGGGUUUGUCAGUGUGCUUUUGAGCUUCUUCAUGGCCAGAGUUUUCAUGAGGAUGAAAUUACCGGGCUACUUGAUGGGUUAG